GGCACUCAGAUAAUACCAGUAUCUGGGACUCUUGCUAUACCCCGAGCCUGCAACUGUACGGUCAACGCACACGUUCCGCCCUCUGGGUUUCCCAGCUUCUUUUCUCCCCUUUCCAGAACCAGUGUACUUCACGAUAAUGACCCCGGCGCGACCUCCUGGACCUGCGCAACUCUCUGCAGAUGAACUACGGGACAUGGUGCAAGGACCUGGUGACAGCGAGUGGAAGUAUGAGAUGCGACGAGAAUGUCAAGAGAUCAUACCGGGAUUACUUCUUGGUCCAUUCCUGAUUUCGAAGUCACUGGAAACGCUGCAAUCUCUGGGCAUCACUCAUGUUCUGUGCAUUCGAGACGCGAAGGAGGCAUUCUCAGUGAAGCCGCGGUUCCCGGAACAUUUCAUCUACAUGACUCUGGAUGUACAAGACACGGAAGACCAGAAUCUUAUCCGCCUAUUCCCGGGAGCAAAGAAAUUCAUUGACGACGCGAUCGCCCGAGGGGGCCGCGUACUAGUCCACUGCAACGGCGGCAUCAGCCUGUCUCCUUCGUUUGUAAUCAUGUUCGUUAUGGAACAUUUUCAGUUGUCCUGGGAAGAUGCCUUGCACAUGGUCCAGAACAGGCGAUACUGUAUCGCUCCCAACAGUGGAUUCAUGACACAGAUCAAGGAAUACGAAUCAAUAUACAAAGCGAAUGCGACUCUAGCCUCAUAUCCGCAGCAGAUGGAACGUACCGUCUCGCGGAGGAAACGCUCGGAGGAUGACGAAGAAGGGGAGAUGAGAGACGAGGACCGGAAGCGGAUUCUGGUUCAUAACGAGGAUACCACAGAAACGGAUCCAAACGCUAUGGAGUCAUAGCUGUGCCAGGUUCACUCUGCUACCGUAACACGAAUCUGCAGAACCUCCAGAGGUUGCAAGUUGAAUGUGUUGCUUUGAUUAGGUAUUACGGUAUUUAAUCGUCCACAGGAUUAAUGUGUAGAUGUCACUCCCUUGCUGUAUAUCAAGCCCUCGGCAUUAUCUACCGCCCCUCAUCAAGCCCGGGCAUUUUGGAC